CUCAAAACCUAGUUUCCCUGCCUCCUCAAAAAACCAACCUUUUCUUCAACAAACAACCUCAGAGAAAAUUCCCAAAAAAAAUCAGCAAAAAUGAAGACAAUUUUGUCAUCAGAAACAAUGGACAUCCCAGAAAACAUUGAAAUCAAAGUCAAAGCCAAAGUGAUUGAAGUCAAAGGACCAAGAGGAACCUUAACCAAAAACUUCAAACAUCUGAAUCUUGAUUUCCAGCUGAUUACCGAUGAAGAAGGUAAGAAAAAGCUGAAAGUUGAUGCUUGGUUUGGGUCCAGGAAGACGACGGCCGCCAUCAGGACGGCGUUGAGCCACGUCAGCAAUCUGAUUAUUGGUGUGACUCAAGGCUUUAGGUAUAAGAUGAGAUUUGUGUAUGCCCAUUUCCCCAUCAAUGCCAGUAUCACUAAUAACAACAAGGCCAUUGAGAUCCGUAACUUUUUGGGUGAAAAGAAGGUGAGGAAAGUUGAUUUGCUUGAGGGUGUAACUGUGGUUCGAUCAGAGAAAGUUAAGGAUGAACUUGUUUUGGAUGGAAAUGAUAUUGAGCUUGUGUCUCGAUCUUGUGCUUUGAUAAACCAGAAAUGUCACGUGAAGAACAAGGAUAUCCGAAAGUUUCUUGAUGGUAUUUACGUGAGUGACAAGGCCAAAAUUGAAGAGGAAGCGUAAGUCUGCUAAGUUUAUCUUUCUGGUGACAGAGUUGUUUAGUUUAAGGAUGAUUUUAGUCUUUUUAUCGAGAUUUUUGAUUUUGGGUAUGAAUUUAUGUUAUAAAAGAUCCUGUUGGUAUUAUCGUUACUUAUUUUUCGGGUGUUAUUGUCGUUUAAUUAUUGCAAUCGUGUUUGGAUUUA